AUGUUUAAGUGGGUUACGCCGGCCUCAGCGGCGACAUUGUCCCGCACAACAACAGCAGCAGCGUCAACCAGAACAGCGUCAACCGCAACUACAAGAACAACAAGACCACAACUACUUUCCAUCGCUUUAACAAGUUUAAUAAUAAUAGUCGCAUCAUCUGUGCCGACAACAAGUGGAUUUAGAUCAAUUGAAACGAAUGGCGGCGCUGGACGCAAACUGUUUGGCGGCUACCGCAUCACCCCCAAGCACUGCCGGGCCACGAAGACGCUGCCCAGCUCCGAUCCCCGCGCGAAUGGCCCCACAAUCUGCAUGUUCAAUCACGAGUGCGCCCAACGGGGCGGCGAGGUGGUGGGUGCCUGCAUGGAUGGCUUCCUGUUCGGGGCCUGCUGCCAGAUCCCACCCACUCACGAGCUGGCCAGCACUCUGAUCAAUGAGGCCCAGAACGCCUACUUCCAGCAGCACCAACAGCAGCAGCAGCACCAGCACCAGAAGUUGCAGCAGGCGGCGGAGUCCUCCUACGAGCAGCACCAGCAGACGCUGAACAGCGCUGAGCAGACGGCGCCGCAGCCCCCUCAGAAUAUCUACGAUCAACAGAACCUGAACAAGGUCUACCAGCAGUUGAGCAGCAGCAGCGCCAGUCCCAGCAGCAGCAGCAGCAGCAGCAGCCCUCCCAGCAACAACUACAGCGUGGAGCAGGAGCAGGAGCCGGAGCCACAGCCCCAGCCCCAGCCAGAGCCAGAGCAUCCCAAGAACGAGCUUGUGUAUGGCAGCAGCACCUCCACAGAGGUAUCCACACAGUCGCAGUCAUCGUCCUCUAGCAUUGAGUUCGAGCAGGAGCCACCUGCUCAGCAGUCGGCCAACGAGGUGAUCAUUCAAACUGAUCUCAAUGUGCAGAAGGUUCAGCAACAACAGCAGCAGCAGCAGACCAUUCUGCCACCCACUGUCCAUGUGCACAAGAACUCGGUGACCAUCAACUCCCCCUCGUCGCCGCCGCAAAACGAUGACUUUGUGAUGCAGGUACUCAGCACCUUGCCCCCGGAGCAUGCCGACGAUCAUCGCAUCUUCUUCACCACUGAAGUGCCCAUGAAGAUAGCCAGCGGCUUGCAGGAGCAGACCAGCUCCGAGUCCAGUUCCUUCGAGGAGGCCCCGGCCCCUACGCCAGCCACGAAAAAACCCACAGAGAAGCCAAAGUCAAAGCCCAAGCCGAAGCCCGUGCCUCAGUUGGCGGAGACCAUGAAGCGACCCAUCCAACAACAGCAGCAGCAGACAGCGAAACCUCAACCUCAGCCGAAGCCUACGAAUGUCCACCAUCACAAUCAUCUGAUACUGGACGGAGGAGAGUUCACCCACAGCGACAUCACCCAUCCGGGAGCCGAUGCCGAUCUCGUCGAGGAUCUGCAGUUCUCCACCGGCUACGGACCUCAGCCUGUAUACGCGGAUCCGCCACAGCAGGUGCAACAGCAGCAGCCGGCAGAACAGAGCUACAUCUCCAAGCAUCCAGCAGCAGGCACCACAGUUUCCUCGAUCACCACCCACGUGGACUCCAUCGAGUCGAUAAUCCUGCAACUGAACAACACCAGCCAUGGACCCAGCUACAAUGUCGUCAGCCAGCAGACGCCCUCGUAUGUCUAUGGAGGCCAGACUGCGGCUCAGAGCGAGGCUCCAGCAGAGGCGAUCACUGCCCAACCACCGCCUCCCAGCUACUACCAGGAGAGCGCAGCCAGUGAGGCGGAGAAGGUCCAGGACUACGGCUACACGACCACAAUCAACUACGAUGCCAUCUACGACAAGGUGUCCGAAGAGCAGGAUGCAUCCGCAGCAGCCAGCCAGUCGGCUGAGUCGCAAACAGCGCGUCCCGGCUACGGGGAGGACACCUCCGCCGUGUUCGAGGAUCACACCAUGCCCGCCAAUGGCUACCACGAUGCCUUGGCUGAGGCUGCUCCCCAGACCUCAGAGUUCAACAAAAUGCCCGUGCCGGUCAUGGGCGUUGCCUAUCCCGUGGACAUGUCCUACAUGGAGGAAGAGGAGAACGAGGCAGCGGCAGCAGGCGGAUACGGACAGCUGAGCAGCGGCUCCUACGAGGCGAACACCGAGUCCAACUACCAGAAGCUGUCCACUGUCCAAACGGAGCAGCCCCAGCCCGUCCCCACCUACGUGCGCCCCACGACCAAUGCCAACAAGCCCAAUCGUCCCGUUGCCUCGUACAUCGGCAUGGUGACGAUGCAGAACUACAACCAGCAGCAGCAGCAGCAGCACCAUCACCAACAGCCAUCGGGAGGCGAACAAUACCAAUCCCAGCUGCCCGCGGAAGUGUCUGUGUCCUCGCACACCACAAAAGUGCAGGAGCAGUACGACGAGACCUCGCACGGCUAUCAGCCGCAGACGACCACGCCUGGUUAUGCCUCCACCACCCAACUGGCAGCCCAGCUGGCCUCCCUGCCGCAGCGUCCGCAGUACGACAGUGUCCAGGAAGAUACUGCAUCCUCGGAGCGUCCCGUGCUGAUCACGGCCAGUCCCAGACCCCGGCCCAAGCCUAGCACAAAGCGGCCGGGCGUGAAGCGACCCAUCAGCCAGGAGAACACCAAAAAGAAGCCACAUCCCCAGGCCAGCAGCAGCUACGAUGCUGGAGAGUCACCCAUAACACACAUCCAGAUCAAGAAACCCUCGUCCAGCUACAACAAGGAUCAGGAGACGCAACAGUCUGGCUAUCCCAGACCGGCAGUCGGAGCGGUCUACGAUCAGACCACCGCCUCGACGACAGUGACCAGCUACGAUGAGCCGGCACGUCCGGGCAUCAGCUAUGAUCAGCCAGAUCCACCCUCGGCUCCAGCCUCCGGCUCCGGCUACGAUCAGCCAGAGGCUCCAACCUCCAGCUACGGGCAGGGCCAACCAGCGCCAUCCCUGAGCUACAAUGAGCAGUCGUUGGCCAGUUCUCCGGGUCGCCAGCCCUCCACAUCGAAGCCGAUUGCCACCAGCUAUGUGACCGGACCCAGCACUCCCCGUCCGCCUGCCACCGUGGACUACCACUACGACAACGUUCCGCCGCUGUUCAUGGCCGACGACAAGUUGGACGCGUUCAUCCAGAGCACGGCGGAGAAUAUUGUGGGUUCCACACCGGGCAACUAUCAGCCGCCGCUGGUGGCAACUGCAUCGACGCCAGCCUACGCACACCGACCCACAAGCAGCAGUGGCACCUACGGAGGCCACAAGAAGCCUGGUUUCGUCCAGAUCAAUGGCUCACCGAGACCGCCCCGUCCGACGGUGCUGAUCACGCCCAAGCCCACGGCUAUCAACAACCUGGCCUCCACCACGGGGGGCUCGUUUGUGUACAACCAGAUAGUGACUCGACGACCAGGAGGUGCACCGGUUAGCUCCAACGACUUCGAGGAUCCUGGCUACUUUGGCGGCAGCCCCGCGCACGUGUCCUUCACGCAGUCCUCAACGGAAUCGUCCUACGCCGUGCCCUCCGACGACAAGCCCGCUUUCCCCGGAUACUUCGGGCCAACGCCUUCGUAUCCGGCCUUCUCGGUGCCCGGAGAGAAGGUGGGCCAGAAUGUGAUGGAGGAGACCUACACCUCGCCGAACGACUUUGUCAACUUCCCGCCGGUGCGCAAUCCGAAUCUGAACAUGUCCGCCGCCUCCAGCGCCGUGACCAGUGACCUGGAUCUCUCCACGCCCGCCUUCGUCGAGGAUGUGGUGCUGAAGGACAAGAUGCACACGCUGGUCCACAAGCUGGUGGCCUCGCUCCAGGGCAACUUUGAGGCUCUGGCCGACAUGAUUGACGAGCCCACGGGCAACAACUCUGCCGCCACGUAUCAGGCGGGAGCUGGGGCUGGAGGAGCAACCACUGCCACCCGCAAGCCCACUCGAAAGCCCGUAAGAGUGGCCUCCACUGCCAAGCCCAAGGCCACCACCAAGAAGCCCGUGACUCGAGUCUCCACCAAAGCCCCCAACAAGAAGGCAUCGGCUAGCAGCACCACCCGCAAGCCAGGCGGCACUCGGCGCACCACCCUGGCCCCCAAGACGACCGUCAGCACCCGGAAACCGGGCGCCUCGAAGAAGCCCACACGACGCGUGAGCAGCACCGUGAAGACGACGACCGUGAGCUCGGCCCGGCCCGCCGACGAUGAGAUCGUGGACGAGGAGGACGAGGAGGAUGUCAAUCCGAAUCCCAGCGACAACGAAAUCGAUCAGGGAUCGACGCUCAGCUCCUACGGCGGAACAAAUGGCCGCAAGAUCCAAUGCGGCGUCCGACCCCACGUCAAGUCCGGGCGCAUUGUGGGCGGCAAGGGCUCAUCCUUUGGCGCCUUCCCCUGGCAGGUGCUGGUCCGCGAGUCCACCUGGCUGGGCCUGUUCACAAAGAACAAGUGCGGCGGUGUCCUGAUCAACAGUCGCUAUGUCGUCACCGCUGCCCAUUGUCAGCCUGGCUUUCUGGCCUCUUUGGUGGCCGUCAUGGGCGAGUUCGAUAUCUCCGGCGAUUUGGAGAGCAAACGUUCUGUUACCAAGAACGUGAAGCGCGUCAUCGUCCACCGUCAAUACGAUCCGGCCACGUUCGAGAACGAUUUGGCUCUCCUGGAGAUGGACAGUCCUGUGCAGUUCGAUACCCAUAUAGUUCCCAUUUGUAUGCCCAAUGAUGCGGCGGACUUCACUGGACGCAUGGCCACCGUGACCGGCUGGGGGCGUCUCAAGUAUGGCGGCGGUGUGCCCUCCGUCCUGCAGGAAGUGCAGGUGCCGGUUAUCGAGAAUAGCGUGUGCCAGGAGAUGUUCCACACCGCUGGCCACAACAAGAAGAUUCUCAACUCGUUCCUGUGCGCUGGCUAUGCCAACGGCCAGAAGGACUCGUGCGAGGGUGACAGUGGUGGUCCGUUGGUGUUGCAGCGUCCCGACGGGCGCUACGAGCUGGCCGGAACCGUUUCGCAUGGCAUCAAGUGUGCGGCGCCAUACCUGCCCGGUGUCUACAUGCGCACCACCUUCUACAAGCCCUGGUUGCGCAGCAUAACAGGAGUCAAAUAA